UUCUCCACUGCGGGUAAUAGGCAUGGGCUAGCCAGCAAUCAAUUAAUAUCUCCGAAGCUACUUGUGUGCGCUUGCAGUCUAAACUAAAAGUAGUGGUUCUUAGCAUGUGGCACAAUGUCUGAACGCUGGUUCUCCCAAUUCUUGUUCGCUCACACAUAUAUCCCACAAAGAAAAUGAGUGAAGAGAAUAAUCGAGUUGCCAUUGUUACAGGCGCGACUUCUGGUAUUGGAGCCGAUAUUGCCAGGGACCUGCAUUCCCGUGGAUGGAAAGUCGCCUGUGUUGGCCGCCGAACCCAGGCCGGAAACGAUCUUGUGCAGGGCCUGGGCGAGAACGCACGUUUUUUCCAAGCAGAUGUCAGCGACUAUCAGAGCCAGGCUGCUGUCUUCAAAAAGGUCUUCCAGUUAUGGGGGAGAAUUGAUGCACUGUGCGCGAACGCUGGCGUGGGUGAUCAGUCUUCGCUUUAUCUCCUUAACCGGCGCGAUAAAGGUGUCGAGGACGUCCCUCCAGAGCCAGACCUCUCCUGCACUGAUAUAAAUUUCAAAGGCGUCGUCUAUGGCACUGUGUUAGCAACGCACUUUAUGCGGCACAACAGGCCCGAGGCGGGCGGAAGGAUUGUGGUGACUGGCAGUAUUGGGGGUAUUUUUCCUCAUAGUACGUAUCCCGAAUACAGUGGAACCAAGGCAGCAGUCAAUCAAUUUGUUCGUGGCGUUGCGCCAAUGUUGAAGGCCAAGGAUAACAUCCAUAUUAACUGUGUCUUGCCGGGUAUUGUUGCCACACCCAUCGUCCCCCCUGAGAUGAUUGAGGCCGUGGCCCCGGAGUGCCGGACUCCGAUGAAGACGGUCCUCGAUGCAGUUCAAAUCUUCUUAGAAGAUAAAACGGGCAUAGCUGGUGAACUUCUGGAAUGCUCUGCAGAUAAACUGAUAUAUUAUCAUCUUCCAGAGAUGGGCAAUGGACCUAUCACCAAGCGUGCUGUGACCGUCUGGGAACCAUUGUUCAGACUGGCGCAUGGCGAGAACUCUGAUCUCCCGGAUGCGAUUCCAGACAUCAGCCCAUUUAAUGGCUCUUCUUUGGGUGCACCACGAGAUGCAAAGCUCUGACAGGUUGCCUGAGGAGCGACAAGCCUUGCCAUCUCUGGCGAGUAUGGCAGACGUAUAUAUUGUGAACAGAUUGUGACGACUAUCAUGGGAGGGAUUUCUGCAAGUUGUACUUAGCUUCUAUGGGUUCUCGCCAGUAUAUGUCUUCGAGAACCAAACUUAAUUCAACAGUUGUGACCAAUUGGACCAAACCUGGGCCUGUCCUGCAGCUCAACUCAAAGCAUGGUUCCGUAGAAACCAUAGAAAUGACACUCAAGCACUCACAAUACAAGCACCAAGCCUCAAAAACCCCUUACGUCAAGACGCAUGGCAAAACCCAGCCCCUUACCUUCUGCAAGAACCCUGGAUUAUAUUCCACCAUGCUAUAACCAUGACAUUUCCAUUACCCGACAACUCCCCGCAGUUCCACCGACCGACCCAGGCGGUCAUCUUGAUGCUUUUCGGGAAAU